AUGAUUGUUAUUGUAUUCUUUCAAAUCACGCGAUCUCGUGGUGUUUCCUUCGUGAAGUACUGUAAUCUGACUAGUUACGCCGAAGUCGCGUUCGCUAAAACAUUGAUAAUGUCAUAUUUCUUCGAUCUGAUGUUUGGAAUGACGACUGCCCCUAAAUACAGAACAGCUUGGAACGAUGAUAUCGAGAGUAUGCUUGUUGAACUGGUAUCUGAAACACCGUGUCUUUGGAGAGUUAAAAAUGAGAAAGAUAUUGGAGGUAGUGAGGAAGUCGAAUUCACUGUUAUCAAAAUGAUGGUUACCAAAAAAUGGCUUGAGUUCACUCUCCUGUUCGAUGUCAAGUAUGCACUAAACGGAUACAAAAUGGCUGACAGAGGGAAAAUAAAGAAUAGAGACGGAAGCGUCAAGGAGGAUCUUACGGAGAAGUGGAUCCACUUCCACAAACUCGAUUUCUUGAUUGACCCGAACGCCGGCAAAUUUAAAAAACCGAAGAAGUGA